AUGACCGACCUGCUCCAGCUUCUGCCCGACUUUCCGGUUACCCAGUUCGCCGGGCUGGUGCGGACGUUGGAACGUCACCAGCUUUCUACCACCGACCUUCUGACCCAGGAUGUCGUCGACAUAGGCAAACGCACACAGCUGCCUCUUCUCGACAUCAAGCGGCUAUGCGCCGCCAUCGUUGAUGCCCUUCACCGGGGUUUCGAACCUGCCAACCAGCAACCCUCGAACGCGAGCCCGUUCCUCAGACGCUCGCUCACAGAUCUGGAAAACCAGUGGUCCACAAUCAGCACCCUUGACGAUGACCUCGAUCAAGCCUUGGGAGGAGGUCUUCCGACCGGUUAUGUGACAGAGAUCACAGGCGAGAGCGGCGUUGGGAAGACGCAGUUUCUGUUAUCUCUGCUACUGGCCGUCCAACUGCCGCCCCCGUACGGCCUGGGCCGUCCUGCCUUGUACAUCACUACGGAAGCACAGUUGUCGACGAAACGCCUCUCGCAGAUGCUAUCGGCCAACCCGCGCUUCGCAGAGGUUUCACCCGAGGACAGGCCAUCUUUGGAUGGUAUCUCCAGCACUUCGACCCCUGAUCUUGAAUCGCAGGAGCAUAUCCUGCAGUUCCAGGUGCCCGUCGAGGUUGAGCGGCGUAACAUCGGUCUCAUUGUUCUCGACUCUGUAGCCUCCAACUACCGAGCCGAGUUCGAGCGAGGUGGCCUCAGCAACCACGGAUCCAACAUGGGAGCUCGCAGCAACGAGCUGACACGCCUCGGGGCCUUGCUUAGGGAGUUGGCCCAGAAAUACAACCUUUCUGUCGUGGUUGCCAACCAAGUCGCAGACCGAUUUUCCAGUUCGUCCCUCGCCCCAACGGCGACCCCUAGGAGGGCGCCUCCUGCUGAUGGCGAGGGGUUCACUCAGGAAAGUCCGUUAGCAUCACGGAGCAGGGGCGCGAGGGCUUUCUCGCCUUCAGACGUCGAACCGACCUCGUCCAUGGCCGAGCAUCUUCGGUCUAGCAUGCCCGAACCUCCAGGUCUGGAUGACUUCGGCCCGCCCGCACCCCCCGCGUUGGCACUGGACCACCAGCAACGGUGGUUCACUGGAUGGGGCGAUGAUCCAUUCGCCGACUACGGGCUCAAGACGCCUAGCCUGGGCCUGGUGUGGUCAACCCAGAUCGCCUGUCGCAUUGCGUUGUUCAAAAAACCCGUUUACGGGGUGCAUCGACACGUUGAGGAUGAAGCCGACGAACGGGGGGUGCCGGCAUUGAAGAACUGGCGUCGAUGGAUGAAGGUCGUCUUCGCUCCCCAUGCAAAGGCAACGGGCCAGGGCCUGGAUGGCGCCGUCGAGUUCGCCGUGACCAUGGCGGGACUGAAGGCUGUCAAGAAAAAGGAGAAGGAGGAGGAGGUCGACGAUGACUGA